AUGUUGCCUAAUGUGAUAGUUUCGCUGUAUUUUCUGGCUCUCCAGUUGCGGCACUGUGCGGCUGAUCUGUGCAACUGGACUGGAAGCGGUUUCGCAGCCGGCGUGGAUUCCAGGAUCGUACUCCAGGUCCGGCUGCGCUGCACAGAGGGCUCGGUGAGGUGGGUCUACCCGGGCCAGGCUCUCAGGGUGGUUCUGGAGCCCAACCUGUCCUCCAGCCUGCGCACCACCGUCUGCAUCAAGCCCUCUCCCUCCUUCCGCGGGGCCAGCGUGUUCAUUGAACGGGCCGGCGAGCUGGAGCUGCUGGUGACGGACGGCGAGCGGCCGCAGCGGGUGUUCUGUUUCCGGGCGGAUGGACCGCACAGGCCCGCUAUCUACCUCCAUGCCCGCCCGCAGAGUGAUGGACACUGGAGCAGACGCGCGAUGGGCUUCAGAUAUGAGCUGCUGGGCAACAGGAGUGCUGCGCCGAACUCGGGCCACAGCGGGCUGCAGACUUCUUGUCGACCCUGCAAUGAUACAGAGCUCCUGAUGGCCAUCUGUAACAGUGACUUUGUGGUCCGAGGCUACAUCAAGAAUAUCUCCCACAACUCCGAAAGUCAGACUUCGUCGGUCGAGGUGUCGGCGGCGAGGGUGUACUGGCAGCGCAGUGGAGUGUUCGAGCGAGAAGCGGCGCCAGGCGCGUCUUGGCAUGGGAGCAUCCACGCACUCCUGCAGUGCCACGUGAAGCCUGGGGACGGAGAGUUUCUUUUCACAGGGUCCGAACACUUUGGGGAAGCUUGGUUAGGGUGUGCCCCGCGAUACAAAGACUUCCUGUCUGUCUACCAGACUGCCCGGGCGGCACGUCGGAAUUCCUGUGACUUCCCUUUAGACUGAGGGAGUGUGUUUAUUUUAGCACCACUGAGGCCCAUAGUCUUUAUCCACGGGCAUUCUCACGCCUGCACUGGCAUUGUGUGACCCUUGUAAUGUUUUAUCGCGCCAUCAAGGUGGCAUCCAGUAUGACCAGCAGGGAUGAAGCUGCUGAAUUUCUGGUGAAAAACACAUUGGGAGGAGCAGAACAGGGGCAAACAGCGGGGGCCUCCUGCACUGAGGCUCAGAGAAGGGCCAGCCUUUGUCUCUCUCCCAUCACUGCCCUCGGUCCUGGGGGCUAAGAAGGGGUUGGGUUGCUGCUCUCUCUCUUUGUGCUUCUCCCCACAUCGACUGUUGUUCACUUCGCUGGCUCCUGUGUGACAGUUGCCCUCUGAACUGAGGUGGGAGGGAAGACUGAAGGACCACCAUUUAUAAUCACCAGUUUGUCUUAGUGAAUAGGCUCGAACAUA